GUAACUGACGGUUGUGUCAGUCAGUCAAUCGAUGGUGCCGCUGCUGAGCAGAAAAACUGGCGAAAAGAUUUGUAAAUUUGCACCAACGGGAGAAAUAUCUCUUCAGUGAAACAAAGACCCUCAAAGGGAAUAAAACUGUGCCAGGCCCUACACAUCAAGUGUAACUCAGGGCAGCAGCAAUGUCCGGCUCCUAUGAUGACUCCAUGAUCGAUGUCUCCAGUGAUAGCUUCUGGGAGGUUGGUAACUACAAGCGAACGGUGAAACGGGUAGAUGAUGGAAACAAACUCUGCAAUGAUUUGAUGAACUGUAUUCAUGAGCGGGCUCGUAUUGAAAAGGCAUACGCACAGCAGCUCACAGAGUGGGGGAAGCGAUGGAGACAGCUCAUAGAAAAAGGCCCUCAGUAUGGUACGUUAGAGCGGGCAUGGUCAGCUCUAUGCACAGAGGCGGAGAAGGUGAGUGAGCUCCACAUGGAGGUAAAAGCCGCACUGAUGGGAGAAGACUACGAGAAGCUAAAGAACUGGCAGAAAGAUGCUUACCACAAACAGAUGAUUGGCAGCUUCAAAGAGACAAAAGAGGCUGAGGACGGCUUCCGCAAGGCCCAGAAACCCUGGGCAAAGAAACUUAAAGAGGUGGAGACGAUGAAGAAGGCUUAUCACUCUGCGUGCAAAGAGGAGAAGCUGGCAGCCAGCAGGGAGACCAACAGCAAACUGGAGAGCAACAACAACCCUGAAGCCCAAAAAAAGCUGCAGGAAAAGGUGGAGAAGUGUCAGCAGGAGGUGCAGAAGACUAAAGAAAAAUAUGAGAAAUCUCUUGAAGAACUGGACAAAGUGACCCCUCAGUACAUGGAGAACAUGGAACAGGUCUUUGAGCAGUGGCAGCAGUUUGAAGACAAACGUAUCCGCUUCUUCAAAGAGCUCCUGCUGGAGGUGAAACAGCACCUGGACCUCUCAACCAAUCACAGAUUCCAGACAGUCUACCACACGCUGGAAGACACAAUCUCUGCUACUGAUGCUGAAGAGGAUCUGAAAUGGUUCCGGUCCAAUCAAGGCCCUGGCAUGCCAAUGAACUGGCCACAGUUUGAGAAUUUGGACUGGUCCCAUCCUCGCUCCUAUAAGAGAAGGUCCAUUGUAGAUUGGUCCAUAGACCUGAACCGAACCCUCAGCAGACGAGAAAAGAAGAAGCCAUCGGAGGGUGUCACUCUGACGGGCAUCAGUCAAACCGGGUCAGAUCAGCCUGUUCAGCCUGCAAAGACCAGCAGCAGCCUGACUGUGCCUAAAACAGCGCCAGUUGGCACAAACCCCUUCGAAGAUGACGAGGAUGAGGAGGAAGAGGAAGAGGAGAUGGCAGUGGAGCAGCAGACCACAGUCAACCACAACAGUGUGAAUAAAGAGGAAAUAAAAACUGCGAGCAGUGUGGAGAAGACUCCUGAUUGGUCAGAUGAAGACACAGGGGGUAACCCUUUCUCUACAAACGGUGAUGGGAAUCCGUUUGAAGAGGAGCCGGCUUCUCCGGUCAUUUCUGUGCCGGUUAGAGCCCUCUAUGACUAUGAAGGACAGGAGCAGGAUGAGCUAAGCUUCAAAGCAGGGGAUGAAUUCACCAAAAUUGGUGAAGAAGAUGAUCAGGGCUGGUGCAAAGGCCGACUCAAGGAUGGACAAACAGGGCUCUAUCCGGCUAACUAUGUUGAAGACAUCCAGUAAUGAAUCAUCAAAAUGUGAAGGAAGAAGAAAGAGAUGUUUUGGGAAAUGACAGCGCGGCUGGAAACAAGAAAGCUCUGCUUCAUUUUAAACCGUUUUCUCCCUGUUGAUGGACCCUGGACUGCUGUGGGAGAAGGACCGAGAGAUUAUAAAAGGACCACUUAAAAUAUUGUCACAGAUUGACCCUCAUAGAAACUUUGUUGAAAGAUGGAUCUAAACCACGUGUCCAGAUUUAAGGGGGGGGAGAAAAAUGCUGUCAGUUUAAGAUUAUUGUUACUUAAAGUCCCAUUUAUGCUGUUACAAAAAUACAAGCUUUUCAAGUAUAUAUUAGAUAUGACUCAGUAAAAUUUAUGUGUGAAUUUCUAUAUUGUUAAAAUGAAACACUGGGAUGACAGCCUGACAAAUCGUGUAGCGAUGUUACAUGCAGCCUUAAUAUGCAAGCCACUAUGGAUUCAUUAAGGGAGAUGACCCUCUUUCUAAUUAUCUGCUCUGUGCCUGUAAGAACCUAGUCCUUUAAUGUAAAACGAUUUUCUUGGACAAAGUAGGCCCUUAUGUUGAGAUAAUUGUCAAGAAUGAACUUGAUUGUUAAUCUAGUGCUUACAUUGUUUUGCCAGUCUCUUCAGGGGUUUGUUUAUACACUCAGUUUAUUCACUGUUCCGGUUAUUUGUGAGGAAUAAUGGCACUCAGAAGAGCCAUAUCCUGGAGUAGUCUUCAUUAGGUCACAGCCAUUGAAUGUAUAAUCACUGAUUGUAUUUUCUCACUUACUGAUUGUUCACUUUAGCUUAUGUUGGUUUCUUUACAGCCACUGACAAACAACACAUCUCUCUUUUUCUCUGUCAAUUCUGUAGAUUGUAAUCCUACAUGGGCUAUUUUUCAUACAACACUGAAAAUCUCUCACGUUUAUCUCACUUGAAUCUCUGUGUUAAAUUCUCUCACUUCUUUUUCAAUGUAAAGGUAUGGGAGAGUAUUUUUUUAGUGUAUGUUAUAUGCAAUAAAACCACAGCCGAGGUUGGUGUCACAUACAUGCAUGUAAAUAGCCUAAAUGACACUUCUUAGAGGAAAUUAAGCAUUGAAAUCAGAUCAUUUAUAGUUGGAAAUUGAUGAUUGUUAAUUUAUAAUGCCACAAGUGCUUUUGUUCUACUCUUGUUAGAAUGCUGUGACUGAAAAUCACUUUGUAUAGUAAUUGAAUAUUUUAUGACAAAUAUCCCUCAGAUCUGUUAUUUUGUUACAUUUGUAAAUAGGAUUUCCCCCCUCAUGGAAAUACUUAUUGAAUUAUCACUACUACCAAUUGGAUUAUUCUUAACUAUUUCUUAGAAUAUAUGACAUGAACGAAUACCCUUGAUGUAAUGAUCUUAGUACAUUAUAUAUUUUGAUCAAGUAUGUUGUCAGCUUGCAUGUUUAGCAGAGAGGAGCUACUGUUUCUUUCAUAUAUGCAAGCUCCAAAUUCAUUAAUAGCCCCACUGAAACAAAAACGAAAUUUCUGUCUGAUGCCUUCAACUGCAGCACAGAGGAUGAUAGGUUUUGUUGCAUUUUGUAGCAGAAAGAUGUCUUGUCAUGUUUUCAGGGCAUGCUGUCGUUGACGCGCAGCAACAGAUGUUCUUGCACAGUAAGGUUUGUACAUGUUGUCUCACAACAUAAUAAAUUAAUUGAAAAACA